UCCAAGUCGUGACGUCACAUCCUUGGGUUAAACAUGGAGAACACAUAAAUGCUGUCAACGUCAAAAGACACUCUUUAAAGUUUGUGAAGAUUGCUUUAUCUGUGAAAUACUGAGUUGUCACAAUGGCCACGGGUUACGUGCCGAUACAGGCAAAGAGGGUUAAAGUAUACAAGAACGGGGACGCCACAAAUGGACGAACUGUCGUGGUAAACAGAAGAAACAUAAAAGACUUUGAGACUUUUCUGGAGGCUUGUUCCAAAGCUCUAAAAACACCAGUCCCUGUGCGACGGAUUGCGACGAUAGGCGGAGAAAAAGUCGCAGAUUUAGAAGAGUUGAAGGGACAAGAGGAGUACAUUGCGAUCACAACUGGAAAAUUGCAGCUGGGUUUACAGUAUGGUAAGAUUAUAAGCCCAAGAAGGGAUGACAAAAACAAAAAUGGAUUGCUGUCAAGUUUAGAAGACGGAGAGGUGCUUCCCCCUGUGUAUCACAACAAGAGGCUUAUUGUGUCAGGCAGAGCAAGGAAGAUUUCCAGGGCAACUUGUCGUAUCUUUGUGUACCCCAAUGGUAAAUUCAGCGAGGAAAGUAAUGUGCUGCUCCAGAUGAGCAAUCUGCCGACUAUGGGCAGAGUACUAGAUGCGCUGGCGGAGCAUGUCCGCCUCUCGACAGCAGCAGCCAUAAGGCAUCUGUAUGCUGUGGACACGUAUGAGGAGGUAAAAGAUCCCCGCAUGCUGGAAAACGGGCAGAAAUACGUGGCUGUGGGAGUUGAAAAGGUCGUAAAACACGGAAAUUAUGGACAAAGACCGCCUCCUUUGAACCUGUCGACUAAAGUAGAGAACACCAAACACCAAAAGCUACCCCCAAUCAAAGCCAGAUCCAAAAAAGAUGGCAUGAAUUCCACGAGCGGCUCAGAAGAUGGCAAGAAGAGCGAGGACGAGUAUCGUACCAGACACAAACAAAAGAAAGAAAGGAAAGAAAAAGAGAACGAGGCAGCCAUUCCAACAAAACCAGUCUCCCACAAGAGGGCAGCAAAAGACAAGAAGAGCAAGAAUGGAGCUGUCACAUUCAACCCAGAGACUGGAAUGCUUAGGUUCUACAUCCGUGGUCGGCCCAUCUCACUGCAUGCUCCCACAAACUGUGACAACUACGAGCUGGAUCAGGUGCUUCCUGCACCAGAGGAGACCUUGAAACUGGAGUGGGUGUAUGGCUAUCGCGGCAAAGACUGCAGGUCUAACAUGUUUUACCUGCCAUCAGGAGAGCUGGUAUACCACAUGGCGGCAGUGGCCGUACUGUACAAUGUCCAGACCAAGACCCAGCGCCACUACCUGGACCACACUGAUGAUAUCAAGUGUCUUGCUGUCCAUCCUGACCAAGUGACCAUAGUGACCGGCCAGGUAGAGGGACACGCUGAGAAGCAGGGUCAGCCGCAUGUCCGAAUCUGGAGCUCGGACACUCUGGAGACACUACAUGUGAUUGGACUGAAGGACUUUGAGAUCGCUGUCGCCUGUGUGGCAUUUUCUAGAUUUGAUGGCGGAGAGCUGCUGGCUGCAUUUGAUGAUGACAACGACCACACCCUGCUGCUAUAUGAUUGGAAGAAUGAGAAGAAGCUCCUGCAGCAAAAGAGUUGUCCUGAUCCUAUCUGUGAAGUGGAGUUCCACCCCAUGGAAAACACAGUGGUGGCCUGUGGCAAGCAGCAGGUGCUCUUCUUUGAGAUAGAAGAUGGACAGGCAGACAAGAAAAUGGGACUCUUUGAGGAUAAUGAGCGCCCUGCAUUUGUGGUCUGCCUGACUUUUGCCGAGAAUGGAGAUGUUGUCACUGGAGACACAGAAGGGAAUAUUUUUGUCUGGUCUAAAGAUGACAGAAAAGUUAUCAAGGCCAUUCACGAUGCCCAUGAGGGACCAGUGUUUGGUCUGGCGCGCCUCCCAGAUGGUUCUUUUGUCUCUGGAGGUGGGAAAGAUGGCAAGAUAUGGCAGUGGGACGCAGAGUACAACAAGCAAGACUUGGAAACACAGGUUCCAGAAGAUUUUGGACCAGUCAGGAUAUUGGAGCCAGGGCCCGAAGGUUCCAUUUUCAUUGGUACCACAGAGAACGCCAUUGUCCAAGGUGUCCUGGGGCAGUUGGCCAAGUUUGACCCUCUCACACAGGGCCACUCUGAUGAGCUGUGGGGCAUAGCUGUCCAUCCUCACAACGGGCAAAUCCUGACAUGCGCCUACGACAAGCACGUGUACAUGUGGGAUCCACAGACUCAUGCACUACUCUGGAGCAAACAACUACAGGAGGAGGCUCACAGUGCCUGUAUCCAUCCUGAUGGCGAGGUGGCGGUCAUCGGGACCAGGGAUGCCAAAUGGCUGGUCCUGGACCUGCUGCAGAAUGGACAGGUCAUCUUUGAAGACACGGACGGCAAGGAGCAGAUAGAAUGUGUGGAGUUCUCUCCUGAUGGUUCCCGCCUUGCUGUAGGCUCCAGAGACAACUCGGUGUACCUGUACAAUGUUACUGACAGUGGACACCAGUUUGAUAGAAUUGGAAGAUGCACGGGUCACAGUAGCUAUAUCACUCACUUGGACUGGUCAAUGGAUGGACAGUACAUACAGACCAACUCUGGAGAUUAUGAACUUCUAUACUGGGAUGCCUCUACAGGGGACCAGAUACCCUCAGCACAGCACAUGAGAGAUGUGGAGUGGGCCACCCAGUACUGUACACUGUCCUUUAACACUCUGGGAUUGUGGCCAGAGGAUGCAGAUGGCACAGAUGUCAAUGGCUGCUCAAGGGCCACCAGGCGGGCCAUCUGUGCCAGCGGGGAUGAUGACGGGAAGGUCAACUUGUUCAAGUAUCCAGCUAACCAGAAGAAGUCUGGAAGCCACGUGUACGGCGGGCACAGCAGCCACGUCACGGCCACACGCUUCCUCACAGAUGAUAGUGGACUCUUCUCUACUGGAGGCAGGGAUAUGGCUGUCCUGCAGUGGCGAGUGCAGUAGACACGAUACAGCAUUGUCUUUGUAGCUGAUUAAGCAUAAAACCAAAAGAUGCUGGAUUUUGGUGGAAGAAAGCAAGUGGUGGAUAGAAAAAGACAUUUUUUUCUCAAUCCUUGUAUAAUUUCUGCACCGUGGAUCCUCUAAUGCAUAAUGUAUGUACUUGCCAUAAUUAAUUUGAUACAGAGUAGCAGCAUUGGACGUUAUAGCUAGUGGAAACCUAGAGUCAAGAGCUGAUUUCAUCUUUUAAGGUGUGAAACCACUAUCUCUAACAAACAUCUAUCUAGUAUUAUUGCUUGUGCAAUUUAUAAUUUGGAUUUCAUUCACUAGAUGUGUGCCGUUUUGUUGUUGCCUCUUCAUGUAUCCAUAUUCGGAAUUUGUUUCCUUUAUGAGUAUUUAUGGUAAAAAUGGAUCUCUUCAUUAUUUGUAUGAUUUUUCUUUUAUUUCAUUUAUAAAUCCUUGAAAUUUUAUCGCACAAUGAUAGGGGUCUCUACUCGGGUCCCUCUUGUAAAUGUUAAGCUUA